AUGUAUUAUAAAGAGGUACAGAACGGUAACCUUGUGGCUUGUGUUCCUGGCCCGCUGCAGGCCUGUCCCCCUCAGUACACGUGCCAGCUGACCACCACCGGUGAUCGUUAUCUAUGCUGUCCAACAUCGGUAGUAGCAGGAACUUGUCCCGACGGCAGUUCCCCAUUGACCCAAAAUGGAAACACGGUGGCUUGCCUCCCGACUGUUCCAAAUUCGUGUCCCGCCGGCUACGGUUGCCAGCUUGUGAAACAGAGCUACGUAUGCUGCAGAAGCGCGGUGGUAAUUGGAACGUGUCCAAGCGGCUUGCAGCCAUUCAUCGUCAACGGAAUCCCGUUGGCUUGCACUCCUGGUUCGGUUGUGGCAUGUCCACUCGGUUUCACCUGUCAACCCAGUACAAAUGGAGUUGGAUAUUUGUGUUGUUCCGGAACAGUAGAUCCAGGAAUUUGUCCAAACGGAAUUCCGCCAUAUUCAAUAAACGGAAAUGUGGUUAGAUGCAAUGGCUUGGGACUCGGUGGAUGCCCGGCUGGCUUUACGUGCCAAAUUAGUACCAAAGGACUUCCGGUCUGUUGUCCAUCUGUGAAUCCGAUCAAUCCAGUCGGUAGGGAAUACGCCAAGUUUUACGAGUUAAUGUAG